AUGGCGACCGGCAUCGAAGCUCUCGGUGCCGCUUGUGCCAUUCUCCAGGUCAUUCAAGUGGCAGGUUCAAUCAUAUCCAACUGCAAGAAAGUCUACGAUGGGAAACCAACGAUCGAUCAUGAUUUGGAGCUAUACGCUGGGCGGCUGGCUGACACCACCAACGCCGUACAAAGUCGGUGUAAGGCCAUGGCCGAAGACCGGCCCUUCAAGUACAACGAAAGGCUGGAUACUCUGGCCAGGGAGUGCAUUAGUGUUGCAAAUGAGCUUGAAGCAGAAGUCUGCUCUGUGACGGCGAUGCAGAAGAAGGGCAGCCUUUUCAGAGCCGUGAAUGCGGUCCUCAAAGCCUCAAGCCAACGGAAGAAGAUCGAAGGGAUGGAAAGUACCCUCUCCCGUUGCAGAAUUGUAAUGGAAACAGAAAUGAUCUCUCAUCUUUGUUCACAGAGCGAUGCAAUUGAGCUACAGCAGAAGGAAGAAUUCAAGGAAUUAGCUGACGACGUGCAGCUGCUUGUUGCGCAGAUAUCUUGCGGCUAUACCAAGUUAGAAGAGCUUGUCAGAAAAGAGAAUGAUUGGACUCGCGGAGUUGUGGUCCAAGAAUCUGGAAAGACUCAAAAAGCCGUUACAGAACACAUUACGAAGGAGAUGGGGGCAUUGAGUGCCGACGCAGAACUAAAGGCUCAGCGCGAAGCCUUGGUCCAAAGUCUCAAGUUCCCAGAGAUGAAUCAGAGAUAUAAUGACCUGAUGAGCUCUAAGCGAGCCAGCUUCACGCGUUUAUUCGAGUCUUAUCGGGCAGUAACAAGCAAAAAGGAUGACUCAAGCGACACCGAACUGAGUGACGCUUCCAUCUUUGAACCUGAACCCCGCAGAAAGGAUGAGAUUGAUGACGCCUGGGAAGAUUUCGUGAAGUGGUUGUGCUCAGACAACUCAUUGUUCUGUAUUCGUGGAAAGCCAGGCUCAGGGAAAAGUACCUUGGUCAAGUUCAUUGUGGGUACCGGAAACACGAAGGAAUUACUUCGCCAAUGGAGUCCAGAAGCUGCCAUUAUAUCGCACUUUUUCUGGAAGAUUGGAUCUAAUCCCCAGAACAGUAUCAAAGGGUUUCUCUGCUCGUUGGUCUACCGCAGCCUAAACGAGAGUUCAGAAACGGUGAAACAGAUACUGGAUCGCUUUCCAACACUCUCUUCCAAAGUCUCAUAUCAUGACUGGUCGGACGACGAGUUGAAGUCCGUCUUCUAUUUUAUCCUCAAGAACGACUCCCGGAAGUUGUGCAUCUUCGUCGACGGGCUCGACGAGAUUUCUAACACCGACGGUCUCUACGCGUUGAUCAAGUUGAUUGAGGAAAUUUCCAAGUUUCCGAACAUCAAAAUAUGUGUUUCUAGCCGACCAGAAACACUGGUUACCAAUUGGUUGACGAAGCAAAACGUACCCAGUAUCCUACUUGAAGACCUCACAAGACCCGAAAUGCGCGAGUUUGUGCAGAAAGAGCUUAGACCCUUUGUCCCCGAAUAUAUAUCCAAAGAUACUUAUUCCCGCCUUGUCCAUGACCUAGUCUUCAAAGCUCAAGGCGUCUUCCUAUGGCUUGUCCUGGCAACAAAAAGCGUUGUGGUGGGAAUCCAAAACGGAGAUUCGCAUGAUUUGCUUCUCGCACGCUUGAAAGGAUUACCCGGCGAGCUCAAGGACUUAUACGCCGAUAUGUGGCGGCGACUCAACGAGAAUAGCCCCGUCUAUCGAGAGACAGCUGCAAGGUUCUUUAAGUAUGCCCUUGACAAAAAGGGGGUAGUCCCCAUGUUUCCGGAAGUUGGAUUUCCAUCUGGGUUUCCAGAAGUCUGGCAGGCCACAUUAUUCCAAAUAGCGUGUGCAGAAAGUGUCGAAACCCAAGACUUGCUUCUCAGAGAGGGAAAGACUCUGAACACUUCUGAGGUCAUAGAGCUAUGCAACAAAACCACAGCCGCUAUACAAACCCGAUGCGCUGGGCUUUUGCGAGUUACUCCGGUAUCAAUGAGUGGACGCACAAUCCAGUUCGUUGGAGAUGCAAAUAGUGUCGAAGCUCCCGAAGCUUCUAAAGAAGUUGAGGAUGCAUUGUUCAGUGGAGUCAAUUUCAUCCAUCGCACAGCUCAUGACUUUUUGACAGACACCGAAAUUGGCCAAGAGAUACUAAGACACGGCGCAUUAUCUGAGAGGGAGAUGGAAUUUAAACUGGUCAAAGGCUUGCUCUGCCUCCUUCACUUCCUCAACUCCGAAUUUGGACUGAUGGGACGUUCUGGUACGCUCAUCGGCCGCGCCAUUCUCUUGGCUAAAGAUCAGGAUCAGAAGGGAAUGGACGAGGCUGCCGACCUAUUGCGCCUUAUCCAGACUCAAUACGACAAGGGCGCGAUCGGGACCGACCGGCCAUCCUGGCAAAAGCAACCUCCAUUCCUGAGCCACCUGACAGACUUCAACCACAUGGACGAUUUCGUCAUAUCAAGCCUCAAAAAGGCAGACUCCAGAGAGCUGGCCACUGCCGUCCUACGUGAGGCAUGGGAUCCAGAUCAGUCUCUGUACUACAGCAGAAACAGAAUGCCGACGGUGAAGCUUGUCCAGGCAUUGAUCUCAAUGGGCGCAGAUCCGCACGCGUAUGGACAGAACCUCGAUCAGGGAAUGGGACGCAUGGAGCCUUUCGCAAGGGAGGGUUCGGCCUUCACAAACCUGCUCUCGUCUGGAAACAGGUCGAUUGGCGACGGAGACCACCUCGGAGGCGAGGCAGCACGCUACCUUCUGAUGGCAGCAGUAAGCAUGGCCUUUACAUGCCCAGACUUGAGCGGCACGACCCUUGUACUCGCACGGUUCAAGGAAAACGGGGAAAUGUCGAUCCUGAAUCAAACGUGGUUGAAUUCGUUGGGAGGUUUUCUUCGUCCAACGUCACCUGGCAUCAUCUACGAGGUAGAUUUCAAAUUCCUACUCCUGCAGCUACUUUCAGGGCUCGCAGUAGAUAUCGAUGAGGCCAGUCGAGGCACCUCGCGGGUCGAUGAGCUCCUACCAAGACUCGAAAAUCCCUCUGCCGUCAUACGGUAUAUCGUGACCAUUGACAAAGAGUCAAAAGCAAAAAUAGCUCACAAGAUUGCCCCGCAACUCUCUUCAACCGCCGAGGCGAGUGAUCUUAUCGAGCGCCAGUUUGCACCAGGAACAGGGGUACACUCCAGGCUAAAAGAGGCGCCUGAGGGAUCUCAUGCGGCCUACGAAUAUCUGAUGAGUCUCACCAAGGAUGCAAGCACAGAAAUAGUGGGCUUCGAGGCUGCGAUCCGAGAACUUGCCGGGCGAGGGUUAGGUUUCUGCACGCUUUUGAAGGCGGGUAGCAUCCCCACACCGUCGUUUAUAGAACAUCUAGAGGAGCAUUACGCGGAGUUUUCGUUGACGAUAGAGGAGCUCAAGGCUGCAGCAACUUUGGGUGAGAGCCAGAGCAAGCAGUAG